UAUAUGUAGAUAUAUAUGUAUAUAUAUCUAUAUAUUUGUAUAUAAAUAUACAUAUAUAUGUAAAGUACGGAAUAAGACAUAAGCACAGUUAACACGAACGAUUGUGUGUCUUUAUGUUAUUCUCAAAUCUUGGACGUAAAAGUUUAUAAACAGAUAUAAGUGAACACAUAGACACAUAACAUGGGGCAACAUACGCGAUCGAAAUUGCUUCCAAUAUUUGUUUCCUUAUUUUUAACACUCAAGUUGCAGAAUGUUUACUGUGAUGGGCCACAUGUGGACUCGGCAUCGUUACCUCUGGAGCACAGAUCCGUUUAUGGAGCCCCUGCACCGUCACCAGUUUACGGAUCGCCACAAACUGCAUUAGCUGCUGGACCCAGCAAUGAUAUAUCCGAUGAAGCCUGGCCUUUAGCUACAACAAAUGAUAGCCCGCAGAUUAAACAUUUACAAGUUCAAUGCGAGAAAACUCAUAUGCGAGUAAAUAUAGAAUUUGAUCGUCCCUUCUACGGCAUGAUAUUUUCGAAAGGAUUCUAUAGUGAUCCGCAUUGUGUUCAUUUAAAACCCGGUACUGGACAUUUGAGUGCCACUUUCGAAAUUUUUCUAAACAGUUGUGGUAUGACGAGUUCAGCUAAUCAUAAUGCUGUUGGUUAUGGUACACCAACUCCGUCAGGCAGUUAUGUUGAGAAUACCAUUAUCAUCCAAUAUGAUCCCUAUGUACAGGAAGUUUGGGAUCAAGCUCGGAAACUGCGUUGUACAUGGUACGACUUUUACGAAAAAGCGGUCACGUUCCGUCCAUUCCAAGUGGAUAUGCUGCACGCAGUAACUGCAAACUUUCUGGGUGAUAAUUUGCAGUGCUGGAUGCAAAUUCAAGUAGGCAAAGGGCCAUGGGCAUCUGAGGUCUCAGGUAUUGUAAAGAUUGGGCAAACUAUGACGAUGGUGUUAGCUAUAAAGGACGAUGAAAAUAAAUUCGACAUGUUAGUGCGUAAUUGCGUUGCCCAUGAUGGCAAGCGUGCUCCAAUACAAUUGGUGGAUCAGCAUGGGUGCGUCGUUAGACCAAAGAUUAUGAGCAAAUUCCAGAAAAUUAAAAAUUUCGGGCCUUCAGCCUCUGUAGUUAGUUUUGCCUAUUUCCAAGCCUUCAAAUUCCCCGAUUCAAUGAAUGUUCACUUUCAAUGCGUAAUCCAAGUUUGCCGUUAUAAUUGCCCUGAGCCUAAAUGUGGGCCUGGUCUACCCGGUAUUGAUUAUGGUGUACCUCAAAUUGGAGAUAAUGGAUUGGCUUCAGAAUAUGGACCACCAGAUGGAUAUGAACGUGGAGAUUUCGCGAUCGGCGGUUUACCACCGGCCGCUUAUCCGGAUCCCAGGCAUCCCUCUAAUGACGCCACCGGAGCAUAUUCUGAAAACCAACCCGAUAUCGUACCUUCCCCGCAAGCUCAAACUUCACCGAUUAACGGCGCCUCUGAUUCCGGUCCAGCCAGUUCGCAAUCGCCUACACCAAAUGCUAACGAUUUGCACUUACCACCUCCGCCAUUGCCCGGACAAGCAGGACAAUAUAGCACAGUGAAACGCAAAGAUGAUUUAGAGGGAGGAAAUUUAGUGUCAUUAGGGGGACGCCCUCGUUCCGUCGAGGGUCUAGACGACUUACGCGGGGUACGCAAACGUCGCGACACUAUGGACUUUACCGUCAAACCACGUAUAUACAAACGCGAUACUCAAGAGAUGACGGAUGUAAACACAAGUCGAAUUAUACAGGUAGUUGCACCUGGCGACGUCAAUUUCGCUCUCAACAACAACGCCAGCAACGAAACAGUUGUAAUACAAUCAGCACGUACAGCUGAUCCUGAGACAAUUUGUAUGUCAGUACCGAGUUUUGUUGGAGGCCUUGUUAUGCUUUUACUCGUAUUGGCUGUGGCUUCAUUGGUGGCAGCGUUCCUUUUUGUCAGAGUACGGCAUUUUGAUCGUAAGGGCGCACCUAUGGGUUAUCAUAAUUAAGAUCAAAAUACCUCUAACAAUCUUCCAAAACAACAGUAUAACGACGUUCCAGUUUAAUUUAGUAAACGUAGUAAAAGUAGUAAACGUUUAUCGAUUGAACACAUGGGCUCUUAUAAAACUUUCAUUACUUUCACUGACUAUUCAAAGUAAAAUACUAGAU